AUGCACCAAUUCUUCAAAUCCACCUGGUUGAACUUCGAAGUUGUGCGCAUCCUGGGCACGGCGCCCAACGGGGGAGCCGACAUCUGCGAGGUGCUGGAGGCCGUCGAGCAGAUUGAGGAAGGCAACGCGGAGUCCUGGCAUGACGCCUGGAAGACUCAGGCCGAACGCGCCCACGCAACCGCCCGCCGCUGCCUCGCCGCCGGCAACCGAGAGCUGGCGCGCCGCGCCUUUCUGCGCGCCGCCAACUACACCCGCGCCAGUGGCUAUCUGCUGCUUCAUGACGCCGACGACCAUAACCCCCGAGCGCUCGCCAUUGCCGAAGCCGCCGUCGCCCUGUUCCGCCGCGGCAUCACCCUCUCCGACCACCCCGUCGAGUUCCUCGAAAUCCCAUACCCCGGCGGCGUGCAUCUCCCGGGCUAUCUCUACCUGCCUCCACACGAUCCACAGCAGAAAGACCACAAGGUGCCCGUCCUGAUCGCCUGCAACGGCGCCGACUCCACCCAGGAGGAACUCUACUUCCUCCACCCCGCCGCCGCACCGGGCCAAGGCUACGCGUGCCUCACCUUCGACGGCCCCGGCCAAGGCCUCACCCUGCGACGGCACCGCCUGACCCUACGCCCCGACUGGGAGUACGUGAUGGGCCAUGUGGUGCGAUUCCUGCACGCCUGGGUAUCCGCCCACCCGCGCAUGCAGCCGGGGCUGGAUCUCGACCGCAUCGCCAUCACGGGCUCCGCGCUAGGCGGCUACUUCGCCCUGCGCGCCGCCGCCCACGACCCCCACCGCACCUUCAAGGCCUGCGUCGCCCUUGACCCCGUCUAUGACCUUUGGGACUUCGCCACCCACCACGUCUCCCCGGCUUUCAUCCGCGCCUGGCAACACGGUUGGAUCCCCGCCGACGCCGUUGAUGCCAUCAUCAACGUCGCCGCGCGUUGCUCGUUCCAGAUGCGCUGGGAGGUUGCGCUUGCCAAGGACUUCUUUCGUCUCGCUCGCCCCUCGGAAGUGCUGUUGGAGAUGAGGAAGUUCUCGCUCAAGGGUGAUGAGCAUGAGCAUGGGCUUGGGCAUGGGCCCUCGGCAGACGGCGGUUGUCCGACUCUGGUCUCCGGCGCCGGAGAUUCGCUUUACUUGCCUGUGGAUGACCAUACCAUGAAGAUCUGGACUGCCCUGCAGCAUCUGCCCGAGACCGCUCGCGAACUCUGGCUGGCGGAGAAGCCCGCCGAUGGCGCGCUGCAGGCUAAGAUCGGCGCGUUCGCGCUGAGCAACGAGUACGCCUUCCGUUUCCUGGAUGAGCAGUUGGGCGUCGUGCGGGAGCGGAUUACCGGGUAA